AUGCCUCCCAAACCGCCACGGGAGGCCGUCCCAGAGACAACGCCGCCACCCAAUCACAGUUUGUUUUCUGUGGAUGAUGUCACCCUUAUCCCUCCCCUAACACCUCUAUUUGUGGGGCUGCACCCCAACCACCAGCACCCCAACCACCAGCACCCCAACCUCCAGCACCCCAACCACCAGCACCCCAACCUCCAGCACCCCAACCUCCAGCACCCCAACCUCCAGCACCCCAACCACCAGCACCCCAACCUCCAGCACCCCAACCUCCAGCACCCCAACCUCCAGCACCCCAACCACCAGCACCCCAACCACCAGCACCCCAACCUCCAGCACCCCAACCUCCAGCACCCCAACCACCAGCACCCCAACCACCAGCACCCCAACCACCAGCACCCCAACCUCCAGCACCCCAACCUCCAGCACCCCAACCUCCCGUGGCUGUGA